AUUAUACGAUUCAGAAUAGCUAUGUUAACGCAUUUAAAAGUCAAUGAGCUGUUAUACGCAGCAAACGCUUGUUGCUAACCACGGCGGUAAAGUCAGUCCGCCCGUCUGACAUCUCGCCGGCGCGAGUGUAAGCAAGAGCAUAACUUUGGAUUGAGCAUUUUAAGGGGGUCCAGGGAGUUGUAUUGGCUGGUUUAGAUUAUUGAGGGGUUUACAACCCUCUCAUUCCCCGCAUAAUUUACACCCAUGAGUGUACGGUAGAUAUGAGAAAUAACAAUCUGCUCGAGACGUAGUAAAGCUCUGUCAGCGGGACAUGGUGUCUCGAGCUCGCAGUGGCGGGAUGAGCGAGCGAUUCCUAGGUGCUCUCGCGCCUUGACAUUAUUUUUCUCCUCAGAGAGGGUUGUGGCGCCAUCUGCCGUCGCUGUAUGUUGCAGCCGCUGCUCCAUCUUCUCUGUCUCUUCCUGCUUUCAGGAAUGGAGAAGUAGAGCAGGUUAGGCAGAAGCCUCUGCCAGAUGUACUUGGGAAAUGUUUUACACGCAGCUUUUCACUUUGAAACGUGGGCCUCUGGCCAGGAUUUGGCUAGCAGCACACUGGGAGAAGAAGAUCACGAAAAUGCACGUCUUUGAGUGUAACCUGGAGGCGACCAUCAAAGACAUUAUUUCCCCUGAGGUUAUAAUUGGCCUCAGGAUAUCUGGUCACCUACUUCUGGGGGUGGUACGGAUAUACUUUCGGAAGGCAAAGUACCUCCUAUCUGACUGCACAGAUGCUGUCGUGAAAAUCAAAGUGGCCUUUCGUCCAGGGCAGACAGAUUUACCCAGUGAGAGUCUGGAGGCUUCAUUUAAAGCCAUAACCUUGCCAGAGGAUUUCACCGAUUUUGAGUUACAGCUGCCCAAUAUCAGUGAUAUAGACUUUACAGAUCAUUUCACACUCAACCAGUGCAAGACAGAGGACAUUACCCUGAAAGAGGACUAUGGAAGUAGCUUCCAUGUACUGGAGUCUGAUUUUGGGGAUGAGGCUAAUUUUCAGGAAGGCAGUAUACUUGAUGGAAGCUUCCACAGCUUGGCUCCCAGAUGCGAUGGUUUUGGGGAUGAGGACACUGACUUCACCCUUCUAGAUUUGAUGGUGAAUUCAAAUGAGGAUGCCAUGCCCAUGGACGUUUUCUCAGUUGGCUUGAACAAUGAGGUCCCAGCAGCUCCACCUCCGACUGCUGAGCCGAAAGAAGCAGCAGAGCACCAGGAGACAGGAUCUGAGGCUGCCGAAGAACAUGCUGCUGUCAGUGAGACCAUUCUGCUGGAGAAUGAGGAGGAGGCGUUUGCACUUGAACCAGUGUCUGUCCUCUCCUCAACAGAAAGGAAAAGGGGGAAAUCCAAAAGACGGCUACUGGUGGAUUCUGUGAAGGAGCUGUCUAACGAGGCGAUUCGCAGACAGAUUGAAGACUGCUCCGACCUCCUGGUGCCAUUGAGCAUAGCACCACCCACACGUCAGCUCAUGGAGUGGAAGAUGACUGGAGGGGUGCACAGACUGUUCUGCCAUCUCUGUGUGCCUGUUAUACACCCACAACUCCAACAGCUAUUUCCCAGCAAUAUGAUGUCAAUUGAAUGGUGGAAAAGCCGGAGAGACAGGGAGCAAGACUGGGAGGAGAUGAGGGACCAGUCAGGAGUUAAUGAAAGCAUGCUGGCUGCUGAAAACACCGGCCUCCUAUCAGGGAUUUUGGAUCUGGACUCCACCAAACAUAGCCUUGAUCACCUGCCUCUGAUCGCCUCUGAAGAGCACAACUCAUCUCCAUCACAAUGCAACAGCAUGAAUGAAGAAAGUAGGACAGAAUUCACAUUCCCAGAAAUGCUAUCUGAAGUACUGCUUCCAAAUAUGCCAGACUCAAGUCAUACCCAGGAUUGGCCGGAGCAGUCUACAGUGAACAGUCAAGAUUUUGAGGAGAAGAUGAUGAACCACAGGACACAUCGCCUACUACACUUCCUCAGACAGAAUCAGCAGAGUAGUGGCAGUACUGUGUUCAGCCUGCAUGAGCUGUGCAAGGGGUGUAACCGCACAAUGGCUGCUACCACCUUCUUCUGCCUGCUGGUGCUGAAGAAACGGGGAAUGCUGGAGCUCCACCAGGAUACCCCCUAUGCUGAUGUCAUCGGCACACUCAGGCCUGCAGAGUAGAAGGCCAGACGCAUUGAUUCUGAUUUCACUUAAACUGUACUUCCACUCUGUGUAUGUGUUCUUUUUUGCCACAGUAAGCACUGUUGUAUUGUUCUAAGAACUUUUUUAAACACAUAUGACUUGAGGUUUUUUUAAUCACCAAACGCUAGAAAGUUCCUCUACAGAUGUUUUAUUAAAAUGAAAUUAAUCCUAA